UCGUGGAUGUUGGCGCCGCUGUGACUUCCUUGAGUGUAGUAGGGAAGGAAGUUAUAGUGGGAACAGUCGCCUCAGACAUAUACCAGAUCAGACUGUCUUUUCAACCUCAAAACCCAUCGAAACCAGGUAGAGCUGGGGUCGAUUUCCAUGACAAAACGAAGAACUUGAAAAAUAGAAGUAAAAGUUUAUAUGAUAACAAACAAGCACAAAGAAAACCUGGUUCAGAGGAAAUAAACGCUGAUCAACACACUCUGAAGCUGGAUUCCGAGACGCCUGAGCUGGAGCUACUUGCAACAUGUCACUCAGAACCGAUCUGUGACGUCACGUUUCCAAGGUGAGCCCUAGAUGAAUAAGAGGUGUUUUAUACUGAGAUAUUCAUUGAUAAGCUGAUCAUGAGACCCUAUCGGCAGGGGCGUGGAUCAGCUGGUGGUAUGUGCCGGCAUGGGCGGCGUCAGGGUGUGGAAUGUGGCGACACUUCAAGAGGCGCUGAGGGUGGAGCUGCCUGGCGUCGUCUGCCAUUGUUGCUGUGUAUCUCCCUCUUUGCACACCAUUAUAACAGGCAAGAAUACUCAAAUCCAAUUAGCAGGCAUAACUCUCGCAUCUUCCCUCUAUAUUAAAGACUUACUUGAGAACCUUUCAGGAUGGAGUGAUGGACGGCUGCGAGGAUUGGGGGCUGAGAGCGGUCGUGUGGUGUGGACGAUUGAUGAUGCCCACCAUGCAGGCGUCAACACCAUUUGCGUCCUCAAAGAUGGAAGCAUUGUGUCCGGUGGACGAGAUGGGAGGGUGCGAUUGUGGAGGGUUGAGGGUGUAAGGGUGCAUAUGGCAGCCUCACAGAAGGAGCACCGCGGGGAGGUCACACACCUUGCCUUAGCACCCACGGAGACCCGCGUUUUGUCCUGCAGCGGGGACGGGUCCUGCAUUCUCUGGCGUCUGCCGGAACUGGAGCGUGUGUACCGGCUGACGGCCCACACCGUGUUCCUGGGCGGGCAGGUGUUGGGCAGCGGGGAGGUGGUGACGGUGGGCAGUGACGGCUCCGUCAUGGUAUGGGACAGGCAGGACGGCGUGCUGCUGGCUGACCUCCCGGCGUCCACCAGGCCCAUCACCACCGUCACUGCCUCCAGCGACGACGCUGCCCUGGUCACGGCGGGGGAGGAUGGCGUCAUCAAGGUUUGGAACUGGAACAAAGGCCGGGUGACACAUGAAGGUCAUGGACACAGCGGGUCUGUCACUAAGGAGGCUGAGUUUCACCGGAAAGCGUAACGAACGGGUGCUACAACACCUAGCAAUGUCCCAGCAGUGGUGCAGCAUCAGAUCCUAAACUCCUUCACUACAGCCGGGCCAAAACAGCGCCCUGCGGCGUAUCCGGGAUCGCCGUGCACGCCAAAUUUCAAAUGUCACUUAUGAAUCUAACAAGUUUACAGCCAUAAACUCAACAUAA